AUGUCGCUCAAGACUCUCGUUUCCUGCGUUCUCGGUGUCUGGGCCAUCACGUGCACAGCUCAGGGGCCCCCUAAACCGACUCCUCCGCCGUGGGUACCAGGACAUCUGGGAUCGCAUUGGAUAAACUACACCACUGUUACUGGAUUCUUUCUCCAAGAUGAGCCCAGUACGGACCCUACCACAUUUGACUAUACGACGACAAAUUUCGGACUCAUCAACCGCACCUAUCCCACAGACCACGAGAUCCCUCAAUCCUUCACCCAAUGGCAGCGUUUCGCUCACUACGUGAACUCGCUGAACCUGCACAGCGGUCCCUUGACCAACUACAAGCUUUUAUACAUGGGCCGGCACGGCGAAGGCUACCACAACGCGGCCGAGACGUACUACGGCACGCCAGCCUGGAACUGCUACUGGUCAGAGAAAGACGGCAACGGGACCUCUGUCUGGGCCGACGCGCACAUCGACGCAGCAGGGAUCGCGCAAGCGCAAAUCGCAGCGGACUUCUGGGCAUCGCGCAUCACGCUCCAGAAAAUCCCGCUUCCGGAAUCCUACUACACGUCUCCGCUGACGCGCUGUUUGGAAACGGCGAACGUGACGUUUUCAACGCUGGACUUGCCGAGGGAUAGACCGUUCGUGCCGGUGGUGAAGGAGCUGUUCAGGGAGAGCAUUAGUGGACAUACGUGUGACAGACGGAGUAAUCGGACGUAUAUCCGUGAGAAUUUCCCUGGGUAUGUGAUUGAGGAGGGCUUUUCUGAGGAGGAUCUUUUGUGGAAACCGUUGCUGGGAGAGGUGCCGUUGGAUCAGGAGUUGAGGAGUAAGAAGGUGCUGGAUGAGGUGUUCCAGAGUGAUCCGCAUACUUGGAUCUCCAUCACUAGCCAUUCAGGAGAGAUUGGUAGUAUUUUGACGGUCCUCAACCACCGGACGUUCUCGCUUAAUACAGGGGCUGUGAUCCCGGUCUUGGUGAAGGCGGAGACCAUCCCAGGGGUUGCAGCCACGACGGCGACUUUGCCUUGGACUACUCUCUCCACGUGUGCGACCCCGCCUCCCAAACCCACACCCACUACUGCAUCUUGA